AGGGUGGACUGCCAGUGAGGUGUGACUUAAUAAAAAAUACUUUUUAUUUCCACAGAAUCUGCAUUAAUUCAAAAUGAAGGUCUUUAUUUUGUGCAUCAUAUUGUGUACAUUCUUCGUGCCUGUUGCAUCUGUUGGUCCAGAUGUAGUGUCACUAUCAGUGAUGGAAGGAGAUGCAGUCACUCUAUACACUGGACUUAACAAAUCCCAACAAGAAAGAAUGAAAUGGUAUUUUCAUGUCGAUCGUAUAGCAGAAAUCAGUGGAGAUCAGAGUAAGAUCUGUACAGAUGAUGAGUGUAAAGAGAGAUUCAGAGACAGGCUGAAGCUGGAUCAUCAGACUGGAUCUCUGACCAUCAUGAACAUCAGAAUCACAGACUCUGGACUUUAUAAACUACUGAUCAACAGCAGUGAAAAGAUCUUCAAUGUCACUAUCACUGGUGUGUCUGAUGCUGGUUCAGAUCCAGUGCAAAAACUGGUAAAGAAGGGAGAUUCAGUGACUCUAUCCACUGGUGUUGAAGUUAACAAACAAAAAAGAAUGAUGUGGUAUUUUAAUAAUUCUCGCAUUGCUUACAUCAAUGGAGAUCUGAAGAUCUGUACAGAUGAUGAGUGUAAAGAGAGAUUCAGAGACAGACUAGAGCUGGAUCAUCAGACUGGAUCUCUGACCAUCAGAAACACCAGAAACACAGACUCUGGAGAAUACAAACUUCUGAUAAGUGGCAGCAGCAGUGGAAAGAUCUUCAACGUUACUGUCACUGGUGUGUCUGAUGCUGGUUCAGAUCCAGUGCAAAUACUGGUAAAGAAGGGAGAUUCAGUCACUCUACACACUGAUGUUGAAGUUAACCAGGAAGUCAGAAUGAUGUGGUAUUUUAAUAAUGUCCGCAUUGCUUACAUCAAUGGAGAUCUGAAGAUCUGUACAGAUGAUGUGUGUAAAGAGAGAUUCAGAGACAGACUGAAGCUGGAUCGUCAGACUGGAUCUCUGACCAUCAUGAACAUCACAAACACUGACUCUGGAGAAUAUCAGCUAAAGAUGGGCGGCAACAGCAGAAGAAAGAUCUUCAACGUUACUGUCACUGACUCAAAUGCUGACAAAAAUGAGAAAGAACCCCAAAAGGAAAAACAGGAAAAAAAUAUUGAUGCAACUGUUCCAGGUUCAGGUCCGUCUUCAGCUGUUGUAGCAGUAAUUGUUGGUGGUGUUCUGCUGCUGGCUGUUGUUUUUGCUGUUGUUGGUGUGAUGAUCCAUUGCCGCAGGAGCUCCAGAAAUGACGAGAAGAAAAUCAAGCAAGUGCCAGAACUAGUGUCUGAGGAUGAGACACAGAAUGAAAGAAGACUCAUGACCUGA